AUGCCCCACAAAUUGAAAGCGGGUUUUAAACCCGAAGAUACGUUUGAGGUGGAAUUAUUCAGCCUUCUGGAAAGCAGUGGAGGUGUUGUUGCAAAGGAGAAUUUAGAACAAAACCAAUUGGCAUCCAAUUCAGAGAUACAGAAAUUAUAUGCUGAAGCUGGAGGACCUGAGAGAAUGCACAGCUAG